UAUUUUAAUGUCGAGAAAGUUGUAUAAAAUUCGAGGCAGACAACCACUUGCCGCAGUGGAGUUUUGUGAAUGAGAGCGUGUUGAUUCCACUUGGUGCAAGUCGUCAUACGCAUAAGUCCACGUGAGAGACAUCAUGAAGAUUUGGAUUUUGACGCUAUUUGUGGCGAGUUGUAACGCCGUUCACAAAGCGCCAUUUCUGACGGCAGCCAGAGGCGGGUAUAGAGUUCACGGAAAGUAUCUAAUCAAAUUAAAGGAUGAUUCCAAUGUAAAUGGAUUUUUGUCAGUAAUGCGUGGCCAAGACAGUAGAGCUUUUCGUACUGGACAAGCCAGGAUUACGGCACGUCAGUAUGAUGUCAUACAGGGUUUUCAGGCCUCCUUAAGCCCCCCGUUGCUAGAUAAGGUUCGAAAAUUGCCGGAGGUGGACUACGUACAGGAAUUAAACAAGGCCCGUUUGGGGGGUACUACGGCGAAUUGGAACCUCGACCGUAUCGACCAGGAUCGUUUGCCGCUAGACAAUCACUACAACGUGGUUGGAACCGGCCAGGGUGUCAAUGUGUAUGUCAUUGAUACUGGGAUCAACCCAAAACACUAUGAUUUUGGAGGCAGAGCGAGUGUACUAUUCGACGCAAAUGGCGGCAAUGGUUUGGACUGUAACGGCCACGGCAGUCAUGUAGCAGGUACUAUUGGAGGGACUGUGUUUGGCGUAGCGAAAGGAGUCAAUAUCUUCAGCCUUAAAGUUCUGCCAGCUUGUUCUGAGGAGUCAGAUGAGGGUAAAAUCAUUCAAGCUUUUGAAUAUCUGGUGACCAGAGUUCAGAGUCCAGCUGUUGUGUCCAUGUCCAUCUACGUUCCUGGUGGAUCCGCCUACCUUGAUGACGUCGUCAGGAACUUCAUCCUCAAGACUAAUACAACAGUCGUCGUGUGUGCUGGAAACGACGACACCGACGCCUGCUCUGAUUCGCCAGGCAGGGUAGCCGAGGUUCUGACUGUUGGUGCCGUCGAUGAUGAUGAUAACCGGGCAAGUUUCUCCAACUACGGCUCAUGUGUAGACGUGUACGCUCCGGGUGUCGACAUCCUCAGUGCUUCAUAUAGAGGAGAAUAUUACGUAGAAAGGUACUCCGGAACAUCAAUGGCGUGCCCUCACGUUUCUGGUGCCGUUGCCCUCAUGUUGGAGCUAACACAAAACUUGUCCACAAAUGAAACCCAUAAGACGAUAGUGGAACAAGCUACCACUGGAGUCAUUCAGGAUCCAAAAGGGGCCAAUCUCUUGCUGCGAGUCAAUUGAUUGAAUAGUGUAUCACAGGAGCGUUAUCGGAAGACAAAAACAUCUUCGGUAUUCGUCGGGGGUUUCAUGAGCCAAAUACAAUCGGACCUGUUCUUAGUGGAUUUUAUUUCAUGUCAUUCAUUCAUUCAUUCUGGUUGUGAAGCAAUGGUUCGAACUUAAUCAAUGUAGGCCUACUAGCCAAGAACCCAUUAAAGUGAGAGCAGAAGAAAAAGUUUCAGGAAAAACCCCAGAUAAUUAUUCCAGGGAAAGACCCUUGAAAACCCACGCAGCCACCAGAGGGACGGAAAACCCUAUACACGAAGUGCCCCUUGUGAAUUUGAACCAGGGUCCUUGGGACUUAAUUGUCAAGACGUGGACUAGAACCCUGAUCAGAAACACCAGAACCAAAGUGAGACAAUACAUUGAAGGAAGUUUCAGGAAAACCCCAGAAAAUUAUGUCAGGGAAGACCCUGGAAAACCAUCAGUGGAUCGUGGAUGAAGUUUCGAAGUUGGUUUCAAGUCACGUUUAGUCCCCCCCCCAAAAAAAAAAAAACUUGUAAUUGUCGUUGGUUUGUUUUCAUACUGUCAGAUCGAUUAACCAUAGACGUUUUGUACCAAACACAAGACUACAUCUAUUUUAUACCCCAAAGAACCACCUGUACAUGCACAUGUACUGCAUAAUACAGAUGCAGUGAGGUAAUAAGUCACAUGUAGAGCCGUGGUGCGCCCUCUUUUGACAAAGUUACACCUCGCAUGACGUCAUGGGCUCGAUUGAAAAAAAUUAUCUCUUUCUGAAAAUGAUCCAUGUUCCAAGACUGAUACUAGGGUUGAGUAGCCAACCGGAAGGGAGGUUAACAUUUUUGGGAAUUGUUGACUCUUUAAAAUAAAUAUGAUAGAAUAUCUAUAUAAUUGUAAGUCGGAAUUCUAACAUGAUUUUCAAAUUACGUGUUUUGUAGGAAAUAGGUAAUGACUCUUUUCAGACAACUCUGAUUAGCUUAAUUAAUGAGUCCAUGGUGACUCUGUUCUUCGAAAUAUAUUGAACUUUUGAGAUGUCAAAUAAAACUGCGAACAAAUACUGUAAUAGUA